AUGCGCCGCGUCAAAAAGUCCCGUAACGGUUGUGCCCGGUGCAAGAGCAAACGAGUAAAAUGCGGGGAAGAGAAGCCUCACUGUAGUCGCUGUGUUCGUCUGGGUGUGCGAUGUCCUGGAUACAUCCAAACUCUGCGCUGGGUUUCCAACCGUCCAUCCGCUGAAGACGGCGGCCUGGAGCCAGCCACAGAGAAUGACAAUCACCAAUUUGUGCCCCAUUUCGAGAUAUCGCCUAGGAAAUCAGAUCAGUCACCACAUUCCCAACCACAACCAUACGCGGAGAGUUACUUUAAUACGCGACGGUCUCCACUAGCCUCGGACAGCAAACUACCCGACUUGGAUGGCCUAGUGGACGACGAUGCCAACGCGCUAGAUGGCCUUUGGGAUCUACAGCAGCCUGGGUCUCUACCAGAACUGGCCGACCUAUGUCCUGCGUCGCACACAUCGCCAGUAUCUGCUAGAGACCAGGCCCCCAAUGUCUCGGCCAUGGAAUUCGGCUCACCAGCGAGUCUAGGUUCAGACCCCUGGGCUUUCUUCUCGUUAGCUGCUCCUGCGUUCCAGGACCAAUCCCGGGACUUUCCUGGCUUCGACCCUUCGAAUAUUGUUCGUAACUACCCACCACCAUCAGGCGCACCUACUCGACCGGCUCCACGGGAUUUCACCUCGGUCCCGCAGCCCUUGAACAAUCCAUCAUGGACUCUUAUCGAGUACUACUUCAAAGAAGUCGCUGCUUUAUUCUCCAGCUAUGACAGCCAGAUGAACCCUUUCCGCACUACUGUCUCUCGUCUCUGGGGAUCAUCCCUCGCCAUGUGCCGCACAAUGCAGAGCAUGGCUGCCGCCACCCUGGUCAACGACUUUCCACAAUUCGGACCCAUGGGCAAAAAGAUGCGCAAUGAAGCUAUCGAGAUUAUCAGCAAAGAGACAGACAUGGACGAUAAAUCCCUCCUUGCCCUUCUUAUGCUCGGUCAAACCGCUAGCUGGCAUGACCCCAAAGACCUUGGCAUUUCCUACUUCAACCACCUCCGACGACACCUUGAUAACGCCUCCCUGGCCAAGGCCGCAAACCCAACAAACCGCGGCAACAACUACCAAUUCUUCGAAGAAGCCCUCGUCUACUGGGAGAUGCUUCUCUCCUUCGUCGCCGACGAUGCAGCCGUACUCCCAGCUCCCCAAACACCGUCUAGCCCAACUGAAUCCCUCGUACUACAGCGCGUUCCACAUCCAUGGACCGGCAUUGCAAGAGACACCCAGUUCACCGUGCAAGAAGCUGGCCGCCUCGUCAGGGCAGAGCGCAAACGUAUCCGGUCUCGAAGAUUCACAUCCCAAAUCGACAUCGCCAAUGCCCAGAUUGCGCUUGAGAAGGCCCGCGAGCUCGAAGAACGCCUCUUAUCACUAGCCCACCCCACAGAAGCGGAAAUCGUCAGCCCAGGCGACGACGAAACGCCAGUCUGGCACCUCCUCACCAUGGCCGAGGUUUACCGCUGUACGGGCCUGCUACAGCUCUACCGCGCAUUUCCAGAUCUUCUCCAGCGCCGACUCCCUGUCCAACACCAGAGCCACCACUCCCCUACACGACAACCUCAUCCCCAACUCCAAAACACAACACCACAAGCCCAGGACCCUUUUACAUCCUGGCUCAACGAACCCUUACACACAAAUCCUAGCCCUCAAACACAACCACCAAAUCUCCAAUCCGACAACACCUACCACGACUCCUGGCUCACGGAGUUCGCUCUAACAACACUCUCCCGCCUAAAGUCCAUCCCAUUCGAAUCCCGCACACGCUGCCUACAACCCCUCCUCCUCGUCGCCUCCAGCAGCGAACUCCGCCUCCCAUCAACACCCAGCGACCCAAUGGCCCUAUCGGCAAACGGAAACGGGCCAUGCAUAUCCUCGCACGCGCUAGAAGUAUCGCGGACGCGACGAUUCAUUCUCGGGCGUCUUACGGCGCUGCAAUAUGUUCUGCCUCCGAAACCGAUUAGUGUUUGUCUGGAGUUGGUCAGUGAGGUGUGGAGGCGUAUGGAUGGCGGCGAUGACGGGGUUUAUUGGAUGGAUGUUAUGAUUGAGAAGGGGUGGGAGACGACGAUGGGGUAG